AUGCCAUCAUACAAACUUACUUAUUUCAAUGGUCGUGGUCGUGCUGAAGUAUCACGAUUAAUCUUUGCUGCUGCUGGUCAAAAAUAUGAAGAUGUCCGAUAUGAAUUCGAUCAAUGGCCAGCACAUAAAGCUGAAAUGCUAUUGGGACAAAUGCCUGUUCUUGAAGUCGAUGGUGUUAAACUACCACAAUCAGCUGCAAUUGCCCGAUUUCUUGCUAAACAAUUUCAUUUAGCUGGUAAAGACAACUUUGAACAAGCAAAAGUCGAUGCAGCUGUUGACACAAUCUAUGACAUAUACAAAACAUGGGCACCAUCCCGUUUCGGAGAAGAUCCAGUCAAAAAAGAAGCACUCUCAAAAAAAUUCUUUGGUGAAGAACUACCAAAACAAUUACAAAACCUUGAAACUCUUGGUAAAUUAUAUGGUAAUGGUGGUCAUUUCUUUGUUGGUAAUCAACUAACAUGGGCUGAUUUAUUCUUUCAUACUAUUACAGAAACGCUUCUUGGAAUAAACGCUGAUUGUUUGAAUAAUUUUCCAUGGUUAAAAGACAAUCGUGCUGAAGUUGAAAAACAACCCAAAAUCGCAGAAUAUCUUAAGAAUCGACCUAGAACAGAAUUAUAG